AUGACCCACCAAACCCACCCCUACCAUAUAGUUAAUCCCAGUCCAUGACCUCUCACAGGAGCCUUUUCUGCUCUAUUAAUAACAUCCGGUCUUGCUAUAUGAUUUCAUUUUAACUCAACUAUCCUCUUAUCAUUAGGUAUACUAACCAAUCUAUUAACAAUAUAUCAAUGAUGGCGAGACAUUGUACGAGAAGGUACAUUCCAAGGACACCAUACCUUUACCGUUCAAAAAGGUCUACGAUACGGAAUAAUUCUCUUUAUCAUUUCCGAAAUUUUCUUUUUCGCGGGUUUCUUUUGAGCCUUCUAUCAUUCAAGCUUAGCCCCUACUCCAGAACUAGGAGGUUGCUGACCCCCAACAGGUAUUAUUCCUCUUAACCCCCUAGAAGUUCCAUUGCUGAAUACAGCUGUCCUUCUAGCCUCAGGAGUAACUAUUACAUGAGCUCAUCACAGCUUAAUAGAAGGCGACCGCAUAAGUAUACUACAAUCUUUACUCAUUACUAUUAUAUUAGGUAUUUAUUUUACACUUUUACAAGCUUCAGAGUACUUCGAAACACCAUUUACGAUUUCAGACGGAGUAUAUGGCUCAACAUUUUUUAUGGCAACAGGAUUCCACGGAUUACAUGUUAUCAUCGGAUCUACCUUCCUCACAAUUUGUUUUUUCCGCCAAUUAAAUUUUCACUUUACUUCUAGUCAUCAUUUCGGCUUUGAAGCUGCGGCCUGAUACUGGCACUUUGUAGAUGUAGUCUGACUAUUCCUUUAUGUAUCAAUCUACUGAUGAGGAUCAU